UAUAAAGUUCUCUGUUCUAAAAGGCUUGUUGUUUGAUUUCUUAUCAGAGACAAUUUUGUCUCUGUUCUGAUUAGUGAAUGUGUUUGUAGUGUUUCAUGUUUUCUGUUAAUGCAACAAUUCAGUUCUUAAGAUGUCGGCAAAAUAUGCUAGAAGGAUAAGACAAUACCUAGAUGAUCUUCACGAUGAGCGAGAUGAUUUGUUCAAGAAUGUAACGAGGCUCAUUAAUAUUGCUGAUCAGCAAGUUCAUAAAAUAUUGGAAUCCGAAGUCGUCGCGGAAAAAGAGACUCUUCAAACUUUCCUCAGGAAAAUAUUGCUUGUGUUUUCGGAAGUUAACAAUUCAGUGGUGAAAACUCUCGAAGCCUGCCCUUUCCGGGAAAACCUUCCAGCUAUAGUAGAAGACCAAACGCAAACCGAUACCGAUGCGGAUUUAAAAGACUAUUUAAAAGAAAAUUACACUGCAAGGGAAAGUGGUAUAAUUGCGUCUGCAGGCCCAAAGCUAUCGAACACCCAAGUUCUUAAUGACUCAUACAUGAGAAAACCAUUAAAUGACACUACUCUGAAAGUUAUAUGUUCCACUAUUCUUAAUAACAGCCAGAUUACUCAAAAACAUGAAGAAAUCCCGAAAGAUAAUGGCAGUGAGGUAGCCUGUAUGAAUACUAAUGAAAUGGAAAUCGAAUCGACAGAACAGAUGAAUAUUGCUACUAACCCUUGUCUAGGUUCGCCAAUAUCUUCGCAAACGGCCGAAUAUGCUUCUGCCGCCAGUGAAGCACACCCUCUGAUGAAAGUUAAUCCUCCAGCUAAAAUUCCUAAGAAAUAUGACACCAGAGACAUGGAUCAGAUCAAAGAAAACAUGAUGUAUUUUAGUAGGAAGAUGGGGUUUCAUUCGGAGGACUUUUUUAGUUCAGCAAAUCAGUUUGAUAAAUCAUAUGCAGUCAGCCACUAUCAAGAUCCAUCUGAUAUCUUGGUCCCAACUGAUAGACCAUCACGCAUUAAUCAUGAACAAGUACGAGCCGAUAAUAGGAAUGAUGCAAAUAACAUGCCGCAAAGUGAAAAUCCUACACAUUUGAAUAAUGGAGCUACUAUACAAAUAGAUAGUUUACCAAAUCCUGAAAACUCAGUUGGCCCUUCUGCAUCUACAGGUGCCAUAAGAAAGCCAAUGAGUACACAAAGGCAUCCCGUUGAUAUACCAGAAGCUCGCACCAAAAGUGCUGAUCAUUUAUCUUGUGCGAUCCAGUCGGGUCUAAGUUAUAAUUUAAAAGUUACUUCCUGGUUGUCAAAUGGGCAAAUAUAUCCAGAUGCUAUCGAUCCAGGAAAUGGGAACGCGAUAGAGAAACUACGAAGGAUCGAACGGCUGGAUCAAAAUCAAGAAGCCAGAAACGCGGCAAGAGCGAAUUUGCCCGAUUUGAAAUUCGUAGAAGUGAAAGUUCCCAAAGUUAUCAAAAACAAUCUGAACUCGCAAACAUCUUCAGCCAGUACUUCUAAAGCUUCCGAACCCAAGACGAAAGUGAAAGAUCUGAAUCAAGAAAGAAAUCUUGACGAAGGACCAAAAAUGGAAGUGCCCACAGUCGACGAAAAAUGUGUUUUUACACAUAUAAUUUCACCUUCGGAAUUUUACAUACAAACGCUGACUGAUAUUCACAACCUCCAAUUGGAUCUGAUCUCUUGUGCUUUAUUUGACAAGUACAACGGCAGUAAAUGCAGGUUUAGCUCUAAGCAAAAUGCUUUAGCAAAGUUGGGAAAAUUUUGUUGCGGGAUAUGUUGUGAUUCGCCACACGAUUGGUUCAGAUUCAAGGUGUUAGAUUGGAAAAUGGAUAGUACAUGUGAUGAAGUGGAAGUACAAUCUUUAGAUUAUGGGUUUAAAAGAACCUUAUCUUAUACAAAUCUGAGAGAAUUACCAUCGAAAGUCGCUCGUAUACCUGCGCUGGCAGUGAAAUGCCACUUUCCUUUCCUGUAUCCUGCAGGAUCAACGUACUCACAUAGAUUAACUGAAUGGCCAUCGGAGGUAAUGCAAGCUCUUUUUGAAAUAGCUAAUAUAAGUCGCAAUCCGACAGAAACACUCAACCCUACUAUAUUUGUGAUAGUAUUUUCACAUCUAGAUAAUGAUUCUUUCGCGGUGGACUUAGGUUACUUCAACGAAUUAACAGACGUCACCCUCGGAACGCUGCUGAUAGAUAUGGAAUUAGCAAAGGAAAUAAUAGACGAUUAUGCAGAUUAUGAGGAAUUGGGCGAAUUUUUGGACGAUAUCGAUGAACUGGAACAAGCUGAAAAUUUGAACGAAUUUAUUUGGGGUUUUGAUGCCAAAGACGAAAAGCGGAUUUGUAGAUUUACCAGAAACGACGGAAGUUGCUACAAAGGAAAGAACUGCAGGCUUGAACAUAUUAUGUUGAAAGAUGGUUACACUACUGACAAAUCAGCUAUAUUUUACACGGCUAUAAACGAUCCAGAAUUUCCCAAAAAAUUCGAGACUGUAGUUGUUUCGGUGACUUUAUAUAUUGAUUCGUGUAGCUACAUAGUGCAAGUGAUAAAAAAUCCUAUUAAACUAAAUGAUACCCAUAUUGUGAUGGAUCGUUCGGUAUCAGAAUUAAUGAACGUAAUAAACCAUCCAAAGAAAAUAAGCAAAUUCGAACAUUUUAAAGGCUACCCAAGCAAGGGUGAAAUUAUUUUAGCAAUGCAUCCGACUGCGAAGAAAUGGAUGAGAGUGCGUGUUAAUGCAGUUAAAAAUAAUUUUAGAGAAGUUUCUAUGGAGGUUUGUUCUGUAGAUUUUGGAGAUCACUUUUUGGUGAAUAUUAAAAACACCAGAGUCAUGCAGGAGCAAUUUAUGCAUCUUCCAUUUCAGACAUUUCAGAUAUACUUGGAUAACUACCAGCACCGAGCUGGAUGUGAUGAUAGUAAAGCCAAAGAAUUCUUUAAUAGACAUAUCGGAUACAGAACGUUCAAGGCGCAUAUAAAAAAUGCCAUGCCACCCUUUAAAGUCUCGUUAACUACUUUUAAGGAUUGUGAAAUUGGACCCACCUUGGUUAAAGAAGGUUUUGCAGAAGAACGAACGAUAGCACUUGAUAUAUGUGAAGACGAAAUUAAAAGGGGACAUUUCGAUGCGGAAUAGUAACUUCUAAUUUCAAUUCAAUUCAAUUUGGUAAUAAUCUUCGGUACAAGAGAAUUUUUUUGAAACAAAACUGGCAUCACAAACUGGACAGCAAGGUGCCUCUUGUUCAAAUUCGCUAGUAAAGUUUACAAAUAUUGUUGUAGCUGAUCUGUGAGUUCCUUUAUUUUUCUGGAGCGUUUCCUUUUUAGUAUGCGAUUGAUUUGAAACUUCGGCAUACGGUUUUCCUUCGCAAACCCUUUCAAUCUUUUCCUUGUUACGUUUCAGUUCUUUCUGUUCGGUUUCAAACUUUUCUCGUACAUUUUUUACUCCUGCUUUUAACGAAGCGAUUUUUCGUUCAUUAGUUGAGAUGCUUUUCGUAAAGAACGUCCCUUUUUGUUCUUCUCUGUUCUGUAUCGAUGUCAUUUCAAGUUCAUGUGCAUGUAUAUGUUCUUCAAAUGGAAUGGCAAAGCUAUGUUCACGCUUUUCUUUUAAUGCAGCUCUUUUUUCCAAUAAAGUCGACGUUUCAGAUUUAAUUUUUUGAACAGUGAAAUAAUUUUGUUGAAGUAUUCUAUACUCGUUAUCACGCUUAGUUUGGAGCUGUUCCUUUUGAGCAAUCUGUUCUUCGAGAUCUUCUAACUGGCGACUCGCAUGUCCUUCAUCAAAUUCGCCCCUUUUUUGUCAGGUCAUCUUCAAACUUCUUCAUUUUUAUGACUGAUUCCAAUUGAGAAUGAGAAUGCGAUAAACGUCCCAAUUUACAUUUUGUCUCUCCAAGUUUAAUAUUCGUUUCAGUGAGAAGUUUCCAUUUCGAAGACGAAUUUUCUUCAGCUGCUACUAAUUUAGAUCGAAUUCUAUCAAUGUUGGACUGCAGGCGUCCCUCCUUUUCGCCCAUGCUCUUUUUUUGAUUGAUUAUCAUCUUUUCUUUGGUACUUUAUUCGUUAUUUAGUUUAUCGAUUAUGUUAUAAACGGACUCAGACUCGCAUUCGAGAUCAAAUUUAACUUUAGCUUUUUUCUCUUUUAACUCUGUAAAUUUUUCUCUUUAAGUGGUGGCCCUUUUCCUGCUUCAGUUGGCCCAAUGUAACUUGUUCAUCUUGAAUAAUAAUAGUUAUUUCCUCGACUUUUGCUUCGAUAGCUGACUUUUUGCUUUCAAUUUUUAAUUUUUUUCUGUUUCCUUCGUCUUUGAAGUUAUCGAAGUUUUUCGUUAUCUAAUUCUUCAUCCGUACCACUAAAUUCUUCUUGGAUAUGUUGUGCUGGGGCAGAUUGCUGAUCCAUAACACCUGAAAUAGAUAACAUAGACAAUUUGUUAAAUUAAGAAACAAGGAAGUCAAUGGUAAAGACAAUUUUAUUGGCCAAGACUGUUUUAUUGAUUUUUACUUGAUCUGUGAACAAUUACCAGCUAAACAAAAGUAUUUUUAGUUUAAUUUUAAUACACUAGAGUGUAUUAUAUUCUCUACUGUGUACUCUCUAAGAGUGUACUCUUAGAGAUUUUAUUUUACUCAAUAGUAUUUGAGUCCAUCAACUGCAAUGCCCGUCAAACUUGGGUAACUAAAUUUGAUAAAAAUGUUUAAUUAAUUAAUUAAACUCAAACUAAUUUGCAAAAAAUAUUAAUUUUAAUCUACACUUUAGCCUACUAAGAAUAUACUUCAGGAUUUUACUGUAUAAAAGUACUAACGUUCGGCACCCCAUUCUUCUAUAGAAAUGUAUAUAAACUAUAUAUGUAUUUGUAACUUCUUCAAUGCAAUUGGGGUAAGUCGAUUGAAAAAUACAAAUAAAAAUAGCUAUGACUUGUUACAUUACAUAUUACUAUAAAUCGCUAUAAGUAAUGAAAUAAAUCCAAUUGUUUUAUGUUAUUGUAUUUA